AGGAGGGGGGGUACAACGAACGGAAGGGGACGUACAGGAAAGGAAAGGGCCGCACAUACACGUCACUGGAGGAAACAGAAAAACACUGGGAAAUAUUUAAUUCCUACAAUUAUUUAUUCAACCCUGUUCUGUUGUGCGUCCGCAGUUUAAAGCGCAACUUCCUCUCCUCGGUUAUCGGUGAGAGCUCUCUGUCGUCACCCCGCACAGGAGGGCUGGCACUAACACACAGCCACGGAACUUCCUGUCAAGACACAGCACAGGCGAAAAGAGCUGCUGCAGACACAAAAAGGGGAACGACAUCGGAUGUUGUGAAAAGGAGAGGACACACUCCAGUCCACAAGGUUUCUGGGCAAAGAAACGGUGCCAUUGUCCUCCUGCUGAGGGCGAGCAGAGCAGAGCAGAGACCGCCCUGGUGCUCGGCUAAUUAGCCGAGAGAGAGGCAGAGCAGCGCGACUAGCAGGGUGAGCUGUCCUCGUCGGGGUGGUGGUGGUGGUGGGGAGGAGGAGGGGUGCCGGACUAUCGCCCCGGUCCGACUAACGUCAAGUCCAGGCGCCGGUUCGGUCUCCCUGACCCCUGCCCUGUCGCGCCUGUCGGUCGCUCUGGCAGACACUAGCCGAGACCGAACAUGGCAGGGAACCUGAAGAAAGGUGGGGGGCUUAUCGGAAUGAUGAAGGAUGCCUUUCAACCACACCAUCACCACCUCCACUCCCAUCACCAGCCCGGGGCCGUGGACAAAAAGACGGUGGAGAAAUGCUGGAAACUAAUGGACAAGGUGGUGCGGCUGUGCCAAAACCCCAAAUUGGCUCUGAAGAACAGCCCCCCUUACAUCCUGGACCUGCUGCCAGACACCUACCAGCACCUGCGCACCAUCUUGUCUCGCUACGAAGGCAAAAUGGAGAUGCUGGGGGACAACGAGUACUUCCGGGUUUUCAUGGAGAACCUCACCAAGAAGACCAAGCAGACCAUCAGCUUGUUUAAAGAGGGCAAGGAACGCAUGUACGAGGAGAACUCGCAACCCAGGCGGAACCUCACCAAGCUGUCGUUGAUCUUCAGCCACAUGCUGGCCGAGCUGAAGGCCAUCUUCCCCAAUGGUCUGUUUCAGGGCGACAACUUCCGCAUCACCAAGGCAGACGCUGCAGAGUUCUGGCGGCACGCCUUUGGGGACAAGACGAUUGUGCCUUGGAAGAUGUUCCGUCAGUCUCUCCAUGAGUUUCAUCCCAUCAGCUCAGGACUGGAGGCCAUGGCCCUCAAGUCCACCAUAGACCUCACAUGCAACGAUUAUAUCUCAGUCUUUGAGUUUGACAUCUUCACCAGGCUAUUCCAGCCUUGGUCGUCCCUGCUGAGGAACUGGAACAGCUUGGCAGUUACUCACUCUGGUUACAUGGCCUUCCUCACAUACGAUGAGGUCAAAGCCCGGCUCCAGAAGUUCAUCCACAAGCCUGGCAGUUACAUCUUCCGACUGAGCUGUACACGGCUGGGCCAGUGGGCCAUUGGCUACGUGACAGCAGAUGGAAACAUACUCCAGACUAUUCCCCACAAUAAACCCCUCUUCCAGGCCCUCAUAGAUGGCUUCAGGGAAGGAUUCUAUUUAUUCCCCGAUGGACGGACCCAAAAUCCAGAUCUGACAGGACUGUGUGAGCCGUCGCCUCAAGACCACAUCAAAGUCACACAGGAGCAAUAUGAGCUGUACUGUGAGAUGGGCUCCACUUUCCAGCUGUGCAAGAUCUGUGCCGAGAACGACAAGGAUGUGAAGAUUGAGCCCUGUGGUCAUCUCAUGUGCACCUCCUGUCUCACUGCCUGGCAGGAGUCGGAGGGUCAGGGAACCGGGUGCCCCUUCUGUCGCUGUGAGAUUAAGGGGACAGAGCCCAUUGUUGUGGAUCCUUUUGACCCCAAAGACAACAGUGGGGGCUCGUGCAGGGGCCUAUUUGGGGCUGAGGGUUCUCCAUCACCCAGCUAUGACGAUGAUGAUGACGACAGACUUGAAGACCCCCACCUCAUGAUCAGCAAACUCGCGUGCACAAAGGUGGAGCGCCCUCCGUCACCCAUGUCCAUGGCUCCUCAGUCCUCUCUUCCGCCUGUUCCGCCCAGACUAGACCUGCUACCACACAGACCUCCAAACCCACCUGGUGCCUGCAGCCCCGGGGUCACCAGUAAGGCAGCAUCUCACCACAAAGACAAGCCUCUUCCCCUCCCCCCAGCACUGCGUGAUCUCCCCCCUCCUCCUCCAGACCGUCCCCACACAGCCGGGGCAGCCCCCGAUGGACGGCUGCAGAGGCGGCCCUUACCCUGCACUCCUGGGGAGCCCCCUCGAGAUAAGCUCCCUCCUGCACCCCCAAACCGGCCCCUGGCUGAUUGGAACUCCCGUCCUGUUCCGAAGGCGCCCACUUCCUCCUCCUCCUCUUCUUCUUCUUCUUCUUCAUCUUCUUCUUCUUCAUCGUCCUCCUCCUCCUCAGCAUCCUCAUCCACCCAAGUCUCCAGUCUGGGAGUGGACAUUCGAGCAGGUGUCAGGGAACUCUCCAACCGGCACUCCCUCCCCUUGGCGCUGCCUUCCGCUCUGGACACACGGUCAGACUCGUACAAGCACAACAGCUCCCUCAGUCUGGAUCACCAGCUGAAUUUUGUGGCAGUCGCCAGUCAAGAUUAUGACAACCCCAAAGUCAAGCCCUCAACCUCAGCCAACGCCAUCUAUUCACUGGCAAGCAGACUUUCUCCAGCCCAGAGGCCAGUGACAGGAGAGGAGGCAGGUGACAGUGAGGAGUCAGAGUACAUGAUCCCCUCCUCUCGCCCCGUCCUGCACCCCAUCACGGCACCAUCUGGAGGGGAGACCCCACCAGUCCAGAGACCUCCACAUCCUCAGACUGCAUCAGCACUCCAGACACCGAGGCAAGCUACUGCAGUCAACUCACGGCCGACACCGGCUGAACUAGAGGAUGGACCUCAAAUGUAUGAAGCCAUGUACAAUGUCCAGGCUGGGUCACAACAAGCCAGUGAUUCAGACUAUUCAGAGUUGCCCCCUCUGGCGAUGGCCAAUGGCCCAAGAGACCAUGUAGCCGUGGACAGGGAGGAGGAGGAGAACAGCUACGACUUCCCAAAACCCCGGUUGCCAAUGGCCACGGCCCGACGGACCCUUUCAGAACUGGGGGGGUCGUCUUCCUCCUCUUUAUCUUCCUCAUCAAGCUCAUCCUCCACAGUUGCUUCCAGCCGCCUUUCUCUUGAUUCGGAUGCUGGAGCUGCAACACCCUUCUCAGAGCCGGUGGAAGCACCAGAGAGACCUCCAAAGCCCCUUCCCAGACGAAUCAACUCAGAGCAUCGAUCCAGCCCCGUCCCACCCGUCCCUGCUCCACCCUGUGGUGGAGCAGCAGGAGGAGAAACCAACCCCCAAAUCACUUGCGAAAUUGAGCACCUCAUGAGUGAGGGAUACUCUUACCUGGACAUCCAGAAAGCACUGUUAAUUGCACAGAACAAUAUUGAAAUGGCUAAGAAUAUCCUCCGCGAGUUUGUCUCCAUUCCCUCCACUGCGCAUGUUCUCACAUAGCAGUCUCCUUGUGCGUAUGCUCUCUCGCCCUAGCUUGGCCCAGCCUGGUUGGGUUUAGGUUGGCACCGCCCAGCCCAAAAGCCCGGUGCCUGCAGCACUACCUCCGGUGCUGGCCGACGCUCUACAUCCCUGUGGAUUUCUAACUGGCUGUUACACCAGUGAGCUCACAGCCUCGCUGGGACUUUGCGCCCUGCACUCCAUGCGCUUUCAAUAGUGUCUGGCCUUCUUGAAACUGCUACAGCAGGCCUCUUGGUUUUCAUGGACAUCUCUGCGGGAUGUACCGAGCAUGUGUGGAACAUUGACCGGACGCCAAAUGGCACCAGACUUUCGUAGGAAUCCUGGGAAGGUGGAUUGUUAUUUCCAUUGUUGAAGCCUCUGUCUGAAAAUGUAACAACACCUCACAAAUAAAACUAAAAGUGUAUGUCUAUAUGAAAAUUUAAUAUAUGAGUAAAUAUAUAUUAAAUGUGUGUAAUAUAUACAGUACGUGCAUAUAUAGUAUGUAAAAAUGACUUUGAGGGUCGCUGUUGGUACAAGCGAUAUCGGUAGGCGGGGACCAUUUUAUAGAGGGCUUUGGCCCUUUCUCGGACUGAGGGAUGUGAGAGUGGAGAAAUAAAAUGUGAGGAAGAGUCAGGACGUCUUCCUCACCAGGAUGUGUCGGCAUCCUUUAGAAGA